AGGAAGUCGUUGCAAACCGACACAUUAACAUCGGCAUGCCAAGCAAGAGCAACAACACGCAAGCGAUUGCUCCUGGUCUCCUAAUUUGACUGAGCCUCUAAAAUCUGUCAUAAUUGAGGGGGGGAAAUGUCUCGAUAGAGUGGAUGGAGCGGACAGGUGAAGCUUUUGGAAAGAGUUUAUCGAGUGGAGGUGGGCUUCUUAUUAUCAGAGUUGUAGGCUAUGAGUGUGGGUAAUGGAGGACGGUCAGCAUGGGGACUUGGACUACUUGAUCCAAGAUGAGGACACUCUCAUUGAAGGUGUCAGCAACCAGGUCUUAUUUGUGGUGGUGCUCAGUGUCGCCUUCCUUGCAGGCCUCCUCACUCUCCUCUGCAGGCAAGAGCAGCAAAAUAUUCAUCCUGAGAAUCAGGAGCAUGUUCGAGCCGUCCGACAACAGCUCCAGACCGAGCAGGAUGAAAAUCCCCAGGCUGAAGCCAGGCAGCAGUAUUACACAGACAUGUCGUGUCCUGUAUGUUUACAGCAGGCUGUUCUGCCUGUGGAAACCAAUUGUGGACACCUUUUCUGUGGCUCCUGUAUCAUAGCCUACUGGAGGUACGGCACCUGGCUGGGAGCUAUUAACUGCCCCAUCUGCAGACAAAUGGUAACAUUGCUCUUUCCACUAUUUCAUGAGCACGCCGGUCCUCAGAGGGUACAGGAUGGGGAAGCUGAACCUCAGCUAAUAUUAAGAGAUAUCAAUGAUUACAACCGCAGGUUUUCCGGCCAGCCGAGAUCUUUUAUGGACAGGCUGCGGGAUGUGCCCACUCUGCUUCGUCACGCCUUUAGAGAGAUGUUUACUGUGGGUGGCCUCUUCUGGAUGUUCAGGAUUCGAAUUCUUCUCUGCCUCAUUGGGGCAAUCACCUACCUGGCCUCUCCGCUCGACAUCCUCCCCGAAGCGCUCUUUGGUCUUCUGGGAUUCAUGGACGAUUUCUUUGUAAUUCUACUUCUCUUUGUGUACAUCUCUAUCAUGUACAGAGAGGUGGUUACACAGAGACUGAACGGCUAGGCCUUCUCAAAAGCCUCGGGAAGAGUGAAGUCAACAUCUGAGGACGUGCAAAAAAACGGAAUAAAUGUUCAAAGAGCAGUUAGUCGAUAAUACAGAUUUCGCUCUCUCUCGCUCUCUCUCUCAAUCUCGCUCUUUCUCUCUCUCUCUCUCUCUGAAGCCUUGGAUGUUAUUUUAUCACAGGAGAUGGGUUAGCAAAAAAAGUACUCUCAAUAUUGACUCUGUAUAUAGAAUUUACCAUUCAAGAUUCUAAGGUCAUAUGAGUCAGUACUAACAGAAGCAGAAUAUAAGGAUGCAAUGUAAAAAUCUACUUGGAGUCAGGCAAUGAGGUCAGUCAGGAAAGUCUUUCUUGCCCAUCAGUUUACAACCUUAACUAAAUAGUCAACAGUGCCAUGAACAGGCAUUUGGUUAAUGUGUAUGUCAUCAUUAUGGAGACAAUCGUGUAAAACUGUAAUGUCUUUAUUAAAUUGAUUUAAAGUCAUCAGUCUACAUUUGGGUUGUCAGUUGACAAGCAAAGGUGUGUUACAAGAACCCUGUUAAUGGGGUUAUUAGAACCUGCUUUAUUCACUUACAGUUACGCCCAUAUUUUAGUGAUCUGUAACCUGCAUAACCAUGACUUGAAACCAAUGUUUGUGUCAAAAUCACUGAAGUGUUUCACCUGGAAACGUCUAGAUUUAUUCAUCCAUUUUGACAUGCUUCGAACUUUCCUGGGCUUACGCACGUGAAAAUAUAGUGAACAACACCAACCAGUCUGGUGAUGAUUUCUCAGUUAGAGAUGACUUUGAUUUUCAAGAAAAGAAAAAACUGAUUAAAGUUCAUUUUUAAUCAUCA